GGGCCCUCUGUCCUUGCUCUGCACAGACCGCGUCCUGGCUCUGCAGACGGAGCUGCUUCGCUACGACGUCUGGCAAGAUGGGCGUGGAUGGCUGCACUCUGCCAAUGCGAGCCGCAGGUCUGUGUUGAGCUCUCGCGUCAGAGGCGAACUGGAGAGAUAUCUGGCUGCCUCUGGCUCGCUGAAGCUCUGGGGCCACAUCUGCUACCUGUCCGUUCUGGUGACACUGAACGAGGUUCUGUACAGGAUUGUCUGUGAUGAGAUCACGGACGAUGAUGUGGCCCGUGUGAACGGGAAUGUGGCCUUUGUCUGGGACUC